CACAAAAUUAAGUGGUGAUUUAUUUGAAGGAGAACUAAAAAGCAUAUAUAGGUAUCUACUAUCAUACAAGGAACCCAAGUUUGAUAUCAAUCAAGGUGGUGUUUGUCGGAACUAUGGCGACCGCGCCCAAUGCGUCAUGUCCUGCGCCUAUGAAGGCAGUGUCUAAUGGGGCGUUCCAACAUGAAAAUCCGCUCGAUUUUGCACUUCCUCUCUUGAUUGUUCAGAUAGUUGUAGUUGUUACCUUCACUAGAGUUAUUGCAUUCCUUUGCAAACCUCUUAGACAACCUCGAGUCAUCGCAGAAAUCAUCGGAGGAAUACUUCUAGGGCCAUCUGCAAUAGGACGAAGUGAGAAAUUCCUAAACACAAUUUUUCCAAAGAGAAGCUUAACAGUCCUAGACACACUAGCCAACAUUGGUCUUUUGUUCUUCUUAUUCCUUGUCGGUCUUGAACUCGACAUGCGAUCAAUCCAAAGAACUGGUAAAAAAGCCUUAGCAAUUGCCCUUUGUGGAAUCACAGUCCCAUUUCUUCUUGGAAUUGGAACAUCUGUUGUUCUUAGAGCCACAAUCUCCAAAGGAGCAGAAGCUGUCCCUUUUCUUGUCUUCAUGGGUGUUGCUCUCUCAAUUACUGCAUUUCCUGUCCUCGCUCGAAUUCUAGCUGAGCUCAAACUCCUCACCACAGAUGUCGGUCGUAUAGCUAUGUCAGCUGCUGCUGUCAAUGAUGUUGCAGCUUGGAUACUUCUUGCUCUUGCUAUAGCCUUAUCCGGAGAUGAUACGUCACCGUUGAUUUCUCUUUGGGUUAUGCUCUCUGGUGCUGCUUUUAUUCUCUUUGCUGUUUUCGCUAUAAGACCGUUGCUUGCAUACAUGGCUAAGCGUUCCCCCGAGGGUGAACCUGUAAGAGAGCUUUACAUUUGUAUCACACUCACAAUGGUUUUGGCUUGUAGUUUUGUUACUGAUACUAUUGGGAUUCAUGCACUAUUUGGUGCUUUUGUUGUCGGUAUAAUUAUGCCUAAAGACGGUCCUUUUGCCGGUGUUUUGAUCGAGAAGAUUGAAGAUCUUGUUUCUGGUAUCUUUUUGCCACUGUAUUUUGCUUCUAGUGGUUUGAAGACAAAUGUGGCUACUAUUAGGGGAGGCCUUUCUUGGGCACUAUUAGCAUUAGUUAUAUUCAAUGCUUGCUUUGGAAAGAUUAUUGGUACUGUUACAGUAUCAUUGCUAUGCAAGAUGCCUUUUAGAGAAGCCCUUGCACUUGGAUUUAUCAUGAACACCAAGGGAUUGGUUGAGCUCAUUGUUCUCAAUAUUGGAAAGGAUCGCAAGGUGCUAAAUGACCAAUCCUUUGCAAUUUGUGUUCUUAUGGCAUUAUUCACAACAUUCAUCACCACUCCAAUAGUGAUGGCAGUAUACAAACCAGCUAGAAGAGGAGCACCUUACAAGCACAAAACAAUUCAACGUAAAGAUAACGAUUCAGAGCUACGAGUCUUGGCUUGUUUCCACAGCACACGAAACAUACCUACACUAAUCAAUCUUGUAGAAUCAUCCCGAGGAACACGAAAGCGAGGAAAGCUCUGUAUCUAUGCAAUGCAUUUGAUGGAACUCUCAGAAAGAUCUUCAGCUAUCACUAUGGUUCACAAGGCACGUAACAAUGGCAUGCCAUUUUGGAACACGAAACAAAAUGAUGAAGAUCGAAUGGUAAUUGCAUUCCAAACCUAUGGAAAAUUGAGUAGUGUCAAUGUUCGUCCUAUGACAGCAAUUUCUGCUCUCAGCAACAUCCAUGAAGAUAUUUGUGCUAGUGCUCAUCAAAAGCGUGCCGCGAUAAUCAUCCUUCCGUUCCAUAAACAUCAACGUAUGGACGGAACAAUGGAGUCAUUAGGACAUUCAUUCCAUCUAAUCAAUGAGCUUGUGUUAAGUCAUGCACCUUGUUCAGUUGGAAUUUUAGUUGAUCGCGGUCUCGGAGGAACAAGUCAAGUACAAGCUAGUGAUGUUUCAUUUAAUGUUGUUGUAGUCUACUUUGGAGGGCGCGAUGAUAACGAAGCACUUGCUUAUGGUAUGAGAAUAUCAGAACAUCCUGGGAUUGUGCUAACUGUUGUUAAAUUUGUGCCUCCACCUGGUAUGACAUUAUCUUUUGGUGCUAAAUUGGUUGGUGUUGCAUCAGAUAAGAACAUAAAAGUAAUGAUUGAUGACAUUGAUGGUAGUAGCCAUGGUGGUAACCAAGAAGAACAAUUGUGGACUGAGUUUAAUAAUGCAAAGAGUAUGAAUGAAGAAUCAAUUAAGUAUGAGGAAAAGUUGGUUGAAAGUAAAAGUGAUAUUGAAGCAGCAUUGAAGGAAUUGAGUAGAAGCAAUUUAAUAUUGGUUGGUAGAAUGCCAUCAGUUGCACCUUUGGUUGGUAAAAGUGAUUCUCCUGAGCUUGGACCUGUUGGAAGUUAUAUGGCUGCUUCUAGUUUCUCCAAUUCUGCAUCAAUUUUGGUGAUUCAACAAUAUAAUUCUACAACUGAUAUUCAUCCUUUGGUUAUGGAGGAAUUUGAUUGUCCUGAAAUGCCAGAUACACCAAGGAAUAAUAAUUAAAUAAUUAAUGUGCAUGUUAACAAAGGAGUGAUGGUGGUUAUAUAUAUAAGGAGCAUUUUGAAGAAAAGUUUAUAUGGAGUUGAUUAUAUACUUUGUGUAUCUCAUUGAGUAUAUAGAUGAAAUGUUGUACCAAAAAAAAAAAAAGAAGAAGAAUGUAGAUGAAAUGUAAAUGACUUUGGAAACGUUGUCCAAAGCGAAACUUCUAACAGAAUAAGACAUUGUUAUUUUUGAUCUGAGUCGUUUUAAAUUGUUAAUAAAAUAAAUAAUAUAUGUCAUUUCAA